AAAAAAAAGUUGGAAUUGAAGCUUCGCGCGCGGCGAAGCGGUAUCGCGGAUUUUUUUUUUAAGAGUCUCUCCCAUAGACAAACUCCCACACCACCGUGUUAAAUUAAGCGCCAGCAAAACACAUAAAAUGGCGUCAAGAGGAGCUCCCCGCGGACGCGGAGGAGGCGGCUUUGGCCGAGGAGGAGGCAGAGGCGGCUUCCAGCAGCGCGACUUCGGCCCGCCGACCAGCGUGGUCGAGAUGGGCAAGUUUGUGCACGCGUGCGAGGGCGAGAUGUUUUGCGAGUCCAUCAACCCCAAGAUCCCGCACUUUUCCGCCCCGAUAUACCUCGAGAACAAGACUGCCGUCGGCAAGGUCGACGAGAUCCUUGGUCCCCUGAACCAGGUCUUCUUCACUAUCAAGCCGUCCGAGGGCAUCCAGGCCGGCGCCUUCAAGGCCGGCGACCGCUUCUACAUCGCCCAGGAGAAGCUCCUGCCGCUCGAGAGGUUCCUGCCCAAGCCCAAGCCCCCGCCGGGAUCCGUCCCCAAGGUCAAGAAGCCCGCUGGUGGACGGGGUGGACGCGGCGGCCCCGGUGGUCGUGGCAGGGGAGCCCCCAGGGGCGGCGGUGGUUUUGGUGGCCGCGGUGGUGGUGGUGGUUUCAGCCGCGGUGGUGGCGGCGGGUUCUCGAGGGGUGGCGGCCGUGGCGGUGGUGGCUUUACCCGCGGUGCCGGCUCGGGUGGCUUCUCGAGGGGUGGUGGUCGUGGUAGGGGUGGUGGUGGCUUCAGCAGGGGCGGCAGGUGAGAGUAAUGAGUGUCGUGCAUGGGCGAGGUCACUGCCGUCGGUCGAUUGAUAUUUGGCACGAUGCAAUGGAGCGGAUGUUCAGUUCAUGUUGAAAGACAAGACUCCUUCACCGUGUCACGAGGGAGGGGGACGGGUUUACGUUCCUCGGACUUUGUUUGAUGGGCUUUGUAAUGGUGUACCUCAACAUUUGCAGAGUUUGAUUUUCAUAGGCGUUUACGGUACUGGAUGGGUUAUUAUAAAAAAAAAACGAAUUCAACGGUGCUUUUCUGUGGCGAAAUAUUAAGAAGUGA